GUGAGGGGAGACGCGUUUGAGAGGCGGGGCCGAGGUGGCUGGGCCCCGGGUUUGGUGCUGUGGGGCUGCUGCGGGCGUCAGCGGUGGCGGCGAGGCUGACGCUGAGGGCGGCGCGUCUCCCCGGAGCUGCCUCCCGCAGCACCGAGGCCUUGCGGGGCGGGAUCCCGGGGGAGCCGCACGGCGCUCGGCUAAGGUUGUGCACACUGUCACAUUCUAGCCACCAACAAGGCUAUUGGUUUUACUUGCAAAAUGCCUUGACUGACUGCUGCUUUGCCACUGCCCUGAUCUAAGUCUCUGUUUCCUGCUUGGACUAGGACUUACAGUCUUCUGUAAGAUGCUUAUAGAGCGUCCAGGGAUGGCAGAAGAGCCUCAGCAGCAAAUGGGUGGCCCUGUGGUAAAACUGGAGAAAGAGCUGCCGUGGGGCAGGACGAGGGAGGACCCCAGUCCGGAGACUUUUCGCCUGCGGUUUCGGCAGUUCCGCUACCAGGAGGCAGCAGGGCCCCAGGAAGCCCUCAGGGAGCUCCAGGAGCUCUGUCGCCAGUGGCUGCGGCCUGAGCUGCAUACCAAGGAGCAGAUCCUGGAGCUGCUAGUGCUGGAGCAGUUCCUGACCAUCCUGCCACGGGAGUUCUACGCCUGGAUUUGGGAGCAUGGCCCUGAGAGCGGCAAGGCCCUGGUGGCCAUGGUGGAGGACUUCACACAGAGAGCCCUGGAGGCCAAGGCGGUUCCGUGCCACGUGCAGGGACAGCGGGAGGAGACAGCACUUUGCAGAGACCCCUGGGAACCAAGUGUCCACCUGGGGCCCGUGGAGGUCAAGCCCGAGUGGGGGAUGCCCCACAGGGAAGACGUCCAAGGCCUUGACAGAGGCGCUGAGGAGCAGCUCAGCCAGGACCCUGGAGAGGGGACGCAGGCCUUCCAGGAGCAGGCUCUGCCAGUCCUUCACGCCGGUGCUGGCCUCCCUGCAGUGAGCACCAGAGACCAGGAGGUGGCAGCUAGCUUCCUGACGGCUGGAUCCCAGGGGUUGGGCCCAUUUAAAGACAUGGCCCUGGCUUUCCCUGAGGAGGAGUGGAGGCAUGUAACCCCAACCCAGAUAGACUGCUUUGGGGAGUAUGUGGAACCCCAGGACUGCGGGGUCUCACCUCCAGGCCUGGGGAGCAAGGGCAAGGAGGCAAAGACCCAGCUGGCAGACCCCAAGGGGCAGCUCGCUUGCGGGCCGGCAGAGCGGUGUGGGGAGCCUGCGCUCCAGGGCCCGGAGCUAGGAAGACCAUGUGAGCAGGAGGCCAGGAGCUCGCUGGGAAACGUGCCUGGGCCGCUCCCACCCCAGCACAGCGUCGCCCCGCUGCCCGAUGACCUCCAGACCCACAGCUCCUUCUGGAAGCCUUUCCAGUGCCCCGAGUGUGGGAAAGGCUUCAGUCGGAGCUCCAACCUGGUCCGACACCAGCGGACGCACGAGGAGGAGAAGUCGUACAGCUGCGGGGAGUGCGGCAAGGGCUUUGCGCUGCGCGAGUACCUGCUGAAGCACCAGCGGACACACCUGGGCCGGCGGCCCCACGUGUGCGGUGAGUGCUGGAAGACCUUCAGCCAGCGCCACCACCUCGCGGUCCACCAGCGCAGCCACACAGGCGAGAAGCCCUUCCAGUGCGCGGACUGCUGGAGGAGCUUCAGCCGCCGGCAGCACCUGCAGGUGCACCGCCGGACACACACUGGCGAGAAGCCUUACACCUGCGAGUGUGGCAAGCGCUUCAGCAGGAACGCCAACCUGGCGGUGCACCGGCGGACCCACACCGGCGAGAAGCCCUAUGGCUGCCAGGUGUGCGGGAAGCGCUUCAGCAAGGGGGAGCGGCUGGUCCGGCACCAGAGGAUCCACACCGGGGAGAAGCCGUACUGCUGCCCGGCCUGCGGCCGCAGCUUCAACCAGCGCUCCAUCCUCAACCGGCACCAGAAGACGCAGCACCGCCAGGAGCCCCCGGGGCAGUAAGGGCACCUGGCCCGGAUGCCCCUUUUUGGCUCAUGGAGAAGGCAGGGCCUUCCGGGACCUCGUGGGAGGAAGUACCCACUAUACUCCCUGAAGGGCUGCAGGUGUCAGGAGUGUUGGGUGUGGAGAGCCGCUAUGACCCCUUUUCUUUCCCCUCAUUUCAGACGCUGGGUAAGGGAGAGGCCUGCUUUAGUUGAGAUGCCACAUCUCUCACCCAACUGGUGCUAGCACUUCUUAACCUUCUUUCCAGGAAGUGAUGGCCCAAGUUUCAGUUCAGGUCGAGGUUUUUCUCCGUCCAUGGAUGUUCACGUCCACCUCCUGAGCAAAUCUGGUCUUUGUGGUGAAAUCUUCUCACCUGUCAGCAGCUUGAACCUCAUUUUCCAGAGGGCUGUGUCCUUGCAAGAUCAUUAGCUCAGACUCUGAUUCCCUCUCUCCCCCCAGUUCUCUUCCAUUUAACAAAUAUUUAUUGAACACCUACUGUGUGUCUGGCACUGGGAGUCCAGUGACCAGACAGCUGAGACCUCAGCGCCCCAGAGUGUGGGAUCAAGCUCUGGAAGCAGACUUGUUAAUAAAGCAGAGCGCCCUGAGUUACAUUCCUGGUGAGUACUGAGAGGAAGUUCUCCGCUCCAUCUACCCAGUUCCUGAUCUUUCCCUCCCCAGCUGGGUCACUUAGGCAUCUGCCUUUAUUUUACUGUCUUUGUGGCCCCUUUCUCUCUGUGACCUACUGUCAUUAGUAGUUUCUCCCAUUCCAUUGUUCCUUGAACAAAAACACUGUCCACACAUCUGUUAGGAAAUGAAUAUUUUGCUUUUGGUCACUGUCUAAACAUGAGAGUAUUUUUAAAAAAGAAUCCAGUUCGGAAUGAAGUUCUAAUUAAAUGAGUCUGAAAGAUGAACUGGUGUUAAUACUCUAUGUUUGAUGGCACUUUACAGCAUACAAAAUGCACUUCCCUGUUUUCUCACUUGACUCAUUCCACAAAUAUUUAUUGAGGCCUGACAGUGUGCCAGGGGCUCUUCUGGGUGCUUGAGGUAGGUUAGUAAAUAAAAUGGGGGGAGUCCCUGUCCUUGGGGAACUUACGUGUUAGUGAAUGUAUUUGAUCUUCAGAAUCACCUGAGGUGGAACCUGUGGAUACUCCCAGAUACCCUCUGGAUCUGGGCCUGUGCCUCCGUCCUGUCAGCUCUGGCCCUGUAGUGCAUUUACCACCACCUACCUCUUGUUUCUGAAUCCUCUCUGUCCUCGGUGCAUCUCGGUCCUUGUCAUCUGAGAGGUGCUUGGGAUCCUCAGGCCACCUGGAGAUGAUGAGACAGUAGCUGGCUGUUUUUAUAUGAACGCUAAUUUAGGAAAAACAAAGAUGUUUUUAGGAAUUAAAUACAUUUUUUAAAAAAUAAGAACAUGCAUUAUCUGUAACUGUGUUUAAGCUCUCAUAUUAUUUUGCCAUCGUUAAAGGGUUUCCUUUUACUUGGACUUUCUGGAAACUGCCUAACUAGCCCGGACCGUGCUGCAGUGCCUUCGGACGCCACUGCCGAGUGAGUUAGUCUUCUGAUGGGACUGUAAGUUAGUUGUCUUUGGACUGUGUCCUGUGUUUGCAAGAUGUGAUUUGUCUUAUGGUGCCUCUUAAUACUAUCUUCUUUCACUGGGGUUUCCUGCCCCCCCCCCCCCCAUUUUCCAUUGUAAAUGGGAUAUUGAUAAUUGGUAAUGACUUUAAUACAGAGAGUUGCAUUACUCA